UCAUCAUUUUUCUUCUUUGUGCUUUCUGUGUUGUGGUAUAGUCGUCAUCGCAUCGAGCAAAAAUUUGCAAAUCCAAUGUAAUUCUUGAUAACCCGUGAUAAAAUCGGUAUUUUCAACAAAUAUUGUUGAAAAUAGUAUCCAAAAGCGUCUUGGUGUAUAGUACUGUGUCUGCUGGUUGAGCAUGGGUAAUACGGAUACGAAGUUAAAUUUCCGCAAGGCGAUUGUGCAGCUUACCAGCAAAAGUCAGCCGAUCGAUGCAAGUGAUGACGUAUUUUGGGAGCAGUUUUGGAUCGAACACAGUACUUCAGUGCAGGACGUUUUUGCACUGAUUCCAUCCAAUGAGAUACGCAAAGUUAGAGAUGUAAUGCCUGCAAAUUUAGCUACCUUAUGCUAUAAAGCUACGGAAAGGCUGGUUCGAGCUGUGGAUAAUAGUUGUCGAACUCAGGGCGAACAGCAGACUGUGCUGAAUUGUGUACGCCUACUGAAUCGUAUAUUGCCGUACAUCUUUGAGGACGCGCAAUGGAAAGACUUUUUCUGGUCGUCACUUCCUUCAGGGAAUGAAAAGGAUGAUAAUGCGACUCCAUUGGCGCAAAGUUUGCUGAAUGCCAUUUGUGACCUACUGUUCUGUCCGGAUUUUACUGUAGUUGGUUUACGGAAGUCGGGACCGGAAAAAGCAGAGGAAUUGAACUCCAUCGAUAGCUGUGAAUACAUAUGGGAAGCUGGAGUGGGUUUUGCUCAAUCACCUCCUCGCAAUGGCAACAUGGACUCUCGACGGACUGAACUUCUUAAGCUGUUGUUGACUUGCUUCAGUGAAACUAUGUACCGUGUACCGACGAUGAGCGAUGAACCCAACAAAUGGAUAGUUCACUUUACAAGCGCUGAAAAUCGUCAUGCAUUGCCGUUGUUUACGUCUCUUCUGAACACAGUAUGUGCUUAUGAUCCAGUAGGGAUGGGAGUUCCCUAUAACCAUCUGCUAUUCACGGAUACUCUGGAACCGCUGGUCGAAGUUUGCUUACAGAUUUUGAUCGUCACACUAGAUCACGACAUAACGAGCAAUUCACCUACACAAUCGGCAUCAUAUUCACACGAUGAUACAACUAUUGCCGACAACCUAUUCAUCAACUAUUUGUCACGGAUUCACAGAGACGAUGAUUUUCAUUUCAUUUUGAAAGGCGUAACCCGUCUGCUGAAUAAUCCCUUGGUGCAGAGUUAUCUACCCAACUCGACGAAGAGACUGCAUUGUCACCAAGAACUAUUGGUGUUCUUUUGGAAGAUUUGCGACUACAAUAAGAAAUUCUUGUAUUUCGUACUGAAGAGCAGUGAUGUAUUGGACAUUCUGGUACCUAUAUUAUAUCAUCUGAAUGACUCUCGAGCAGAUCAAUCCCGAGUUGGUUUGAUGCAUAUUGGUGUAUUUAUUCUGCUACUACUAUCCGGAGAACGUAACUUUGGAGUCCGGCUCAACAAACCGUACACUGCUACGGUUCCAAUGGACAUUCCCGUGUUUACGGGAACGCAUGCUGACCUGCUCAUUACGGUGUUUCACAAAAUCAUAGCCACAGGUCAUCAACGGUUGCAGCCACUAUUCGACUGUCUACUUACGAUACUGGUGAACGUUUCGCCAUACCUGAAAACGCUCUCGAUGGUAGCCAGCAUAAAACUGCUUCAUCUGUUGGAAGCUUUCAGUACACCUUGGUUCCUGUACUCGGCGCCAUCCAAUCAUCAUUUGGUGUUUUUCUUGUUGGAAAUUUUCAAUAAUAUUAUCCAAUAUCAAUUCGAUGGCAACUCUAAUCUAGUGUAUACCAUCAUACGGAAGAGACAGGUAUUCCACGCGUUGGCCAACCUGCCGACAGAUGCCGCAGGAAUAGCAAGAUGCAUGAGCAACAGAAAAGGUGGAAAGCUUAACAAUUCUAGUCAUGGAUCCCGCGAUGGAGUCCGGAGUCCUCAGAACAAUGAGGUGCUGCCAUCUACUGCUAAUGCCGGCAAUGAAAGCGAGGAAGAAAUCACAGUUAGAACUGGUCAAUUAUCUCUAGAUGACAGACAGCCAUCGGAUGAAGAAGAUAGCCGCAGUGAGAUUGUUGAGGAAUCAAUGGAAGGUUCACGACCAGCUCAACCGGCAGAACCGGGUACUUUGAAAGCAACACUGCUUGAUACUCCAGAUAUCACACAAAUGACAGAGCGUGAAUCCGCUCACCCAACUGGAGAGGCCACUACACCAUCUCCCGUUGAACCCAAUGCUAAGACUCCGGUUGGAGAUACAAAGGGAUCACCUAGCAAGGAACAAUUGUCCCCAAUGAAAAGAUCUGUUGCUCAGCGUGGAAGCAUUCGUGUAACGCCAGGAGCUGGUCAGCGAUCGCAGGCCAAAGUUUGGCAACCGUCACCCGAGUGGGUCCAAUCAUGGCGGUCAAAGCUACCGCUUCAGACCAUCAUGAGAUUGCUACAGGUGCUCGUCCCGCAGGUAGAGAAAAUCUGCAUCGACAAGGGGCUGACCGAUGAGUCUGAAAUUUUGAAAUUCCUCCAACACGGAACACUGGUUGGUCUACUCCCAGUGCCGCAUCCGAUCUUGAUCCGGAAGUAUCAAGCAAACAGCGGUACUACUGCUUGGUUCCGUACUUAUAUGUGGGGUGUUAUUUACCUCAGAAAUGUUGAUCCAGCCAUUUGGUACGACACUGAAGUGAAACUAUUUGAAAUCCAACGCGUUUAAGCAGUGCUGUAAUAGUUUAUACACAAUCAAACAAUAGUAACAUUUUAAUGAUCAUAUAGCUUUGUACACCGAUAUCCGAGUGACAUCCGCAAACAAACCCAGAUAACUAUUUAUAAGAAACAUUCCUUUAAAACUUUACAGAAAUCUUUAUACGAAAGUUAUCUAACAUCUUCACCUCUCGACGUUAUUUCACACAUUCCUUUCUAAAUUUACAACUGCUAUCACAGCCAUAAUCUGCCUUUAAAAUGGAUAAUAAACGCUCCUCAUCUGACAUAUGAUAUUUUCCACAACUUUUAGUUUGACUGCAGUCGAAGUUACAGUGCAAUUCUUAUGUAAAUUAACCUAAUAAAAUCAAAGUUAGUAAGUAACGCAGCAGUAAUCUACACCUAACGCAUUACGAUGGUAAUUGUGCUUAAGAAUGUUCGAAAAAAAAAAUGUACCACGCAAGAUAAACCAUAUAUGGUGUAAUACAGAUUAUUUAUUCACAA